AUGAAUACUUUAUCUUCUUCUUCAUUUUUACCAUUAUAUGUACAAUCAAUAAUCAUUAACAAAUUGAUCAACUACACAAAUGAUCAUAUAUGUAGUCGAACUAUAUCAGAUUCUUGUGAAGAACCUGAACGUGCUCCAUAUUAUGAUCGACCAAGACGUAAUAAUAUAUUAUCAAACACACCGAUUAGAUCAAAUAGUGAGAUAUGUAAAUUGUUGUAUACAGGAGAACUACCUCACUAUCAACACCGUGGUCAUAAUCAAUUGAUCAACUUGGCAUUGGUAUCGAAAUGGUGGUUUCAAGUGGUCAGAGGAACAAGAACAGAAUUGACUAUCAUCGGAAGGUUUACAAAGGAUAUCUUUAUACCAUUCAUUCAGCAACAACAACACUCUAUCUAUCAACUUUGUAAUAUUCAAAAGAUACAUUGGAGUUGUUUGUUGGUAAAUUAUGAUGAUGAUGUUAAGGAUUACACGUAUGUUGUCGACGAGAUCACUCCAUCAAUUUGCAAAGAGAUCAUUGAUCUAUUACCACACCUAGAUACUAUCAAUAUUAAAACAAGAGGUGGUAUAUGGUUAGAAUAUGUAUCAAAGACAAUCAACCAAAUACUCGUAUUGGUACCAAACUUAAAGUCGACGAUGUUGUUGGAGCUUGCAGAAAAAGACUUUACCGAAAUGCAUGGGUUCACUCCAAAUCAUAGUACAAUGGUCGUACAUAUAAGAGACUCGAUUUUCGAUGAGACUAAUUAUCCCGACAACCUCGAUCACCUCAAACCAAGCUAUGUCUGUUUAUUUCAAAGUGGCCAACUAAUUCAAGUACACUGCCAAUACAAAGAUAUGUUUAGUCGACAACAACGCACCAAGCACAUCACAUUGAACGAUGACUAUGUCGAUUUGAUGGAAUUGUAUGAUUUGGUGACACUGGAAGAUUCAAAAUUGGAAUCACUCGAAGUUUCAGUUUUAAUCAUUCCAAGCGAGGAGGAUGGUGGUGCUUUAAUCUACGAUACCAUUGAAACCUACCAUCCUGAUGAUGAACAAGUUGAAACGUUUGAUGGAGAGGAAUGGGCUAUUUUGUGCGACGGGUUACAAGACAACACCACUCUCAAAAGACUCUUGCUCAAAGAUUAUUAUCGUUGUCAAAUCUUUAGUGCAAUCGACUGUCCUAUUCUGACAAUACCAAUUUUCGAAAUACCUUUUAGAUCACUUUGGGAAAACAAUGCUACCAUUGAAUAUCUUGGUCUGUCGUAUCUCUCUCAUAUCAUCUCAUCACAAUUCUUUGAUGAGAUUUCUCUCAACCAAACCAUCACCACUAUGGUGUUGGAUGUAUCUGGUAACAUGUUUGGAAAGUAUGCUACCAAUCUAUACAACGCAUUAUUGCAAAGUGAUACAGUACAAUACUUGGUCGUUGACCAAGAUUACCGGCAAUGUCCAAUCAACCAAUUAGACUAUUUCCUCAAAUCAAAAUCAUUAAAAGAUUAUUUCUACACGAACGAAUGGAAAGGUGAUGGAGGAGGGCCCAAUAAAGAGGAGACAGAGGAUAAGGAUUAG